AGACAUUUGGUGGUACUGAUAUUGUAGACAGUUGGGGAAAUGGAUGGAGGCAACCAGACUAGAAUCUCUGACUUCCUACUCCUGGGGAUUUCAGAGAGUCCUGAGCAGCAGCAAGUCCUGUUCUGGAUGUUCCUAUCCAUGUACCUGGUCACAGUUGUGGGAAAUGUGCUCAUCAUCCUGGCCAUCAGCUUUGACCCCCGCUUGCACACUCCCAUGUACUUCUUCCUGGCCAACCUCUCCUUCACCGACCUUUUCUUUGUCACCAACACAAUCCCCAAGAUGUUGGUGAACCUUCAGUCCCAGAACAAAGCCAUCUCCUAUGCGGGGUGUAUGACACAGCUCUACUUCUUGGUCUCCUUGGUGACACUGGACAAUCUCAUCCUGGCUACGAUGGCCUAUGACCGCUAUGUGGCCAUCUGCUGCCCCCUCCACUAUGUCACAGCCAUGAGCCCUGGGCUCUGUAUUUUGCUCCUCACCUUGUGUUGGUCACUUUCUCUCCUCUAUGGCCUCACCCUCACCCUCUUCAUGACCAAGGUGACUUUCUGUGGUUCCCGGAAGAUCCACUACAUCUUCUGUGAGAUGAAUGUUCUGCUGAGGCUGGCCUGUUCCAACACCCAGAUCAUUCACAUACUGCAGAUUACCACAGGCAUCUUUAUCUUCCUCACCCCCUUUGGGUUCAUGAUGAUAUCCUACAUUCGUAUCAUCAGAACCAUCCUCCAAAUACCUUCAGCCUCUAGUAAAUACAAAGCCUUCUCCACCUGUGCCUCUCAUUUGGCUGUGGUCUCUCUUUUCUAUGGGACACUUUGUAUGGUAUAUCUGCAGCCUCUCCAAUCCUACUCCAUGAAGGAUUCAGUAGCCACAGUGAUGUAUGCUGUGGUGACGCCCAUGAUGAACCCUUUCAUCUACAGCCUGAGGAACAAGGACAUGCAUGGGGCUCUGGGAAGACUGCUUCUAGGUAAAGCCUUCCAGAAGGUGACACGAGGUAAUUUUGGAGACUGAAGUGGAGACUGGGAAUUUUCUACCACAUGCAAGGCAUUAUCUUAUAGGAGACACAGGAGUGAUUAGGACAUAGCUCCAGCUCAGAAUGAAUUUAUGUAUCCGUGGUGAAGGAAAGGCAUGUAUGUGUAAUGCAAGAUCCCCUGACCACAAAACCUUCAAAA